CGGUGACAAGGUAUAUAGAACCCAACACUUAGCAAUACGGAUAUAUAUAGCCCAAAACAUGAAACGGUAUAUAUAGACCAAAACUUUAACCAUAGAUGUCCUGAGCUAAACUUUUAAUAAAAAUAUAUCUAAUAUUUUCGUAAAGUGCAGAAACAUAUUUGACCCUCUUCCCAUUUGAAGUACUUGUAAUAAAAAUGGAAAGAGUUGAUAUAUUCCCUCCAAUGUAGAAUAUUGAGGAAACUUGGAAAAAAUUGAAAUUGGGUUGAGAAAGUGGGGGAAUUCUGAAAGCUGGAUCUGGAAAUCUCGUUUUCUGGAAAAAUGGAAGAGUAUUUGCGGUGCAUGAAGACUCUGCGCACUCAAAUGAAUGAUGUGGAGGAUCAAGCAGUUAAGAUAACAGCCGAGGAACAAAUGCAGAUCACUGCAGUGCAAAAUCUCCAAAAUGAAAUUAACUCAGUGAAAUCCCAGACUAGCCAUCUCAGAGAGGAAAUUGCUAGGAUACUGGAGAAAAAGGGGCACAUCUGUUCCAUGAUUUUGGAAAAACAAAGAAAAGUUGCUUCUUUAGGAGCUGAUUCAUCCACCCUCAACCAGACAUCAGAGCUCCUUCAACAGGAAAGAAACAACCUCUCAGCAAAACUUCUACUGAAAAGUGAUUACUAUGCUAAGACUGUUAUGGAAGUAGCUGCUCAGCUAGGAGAACAACAGGGUUGGAUCAAUAUCAAAGAUUGCAAAGAGAACUUGUGUGUUGGAGUGAAUGACCAGGUGAUGGGCAAAAUUGGUGAGGAAAUUGGUGAAAUUGAAGAGAAUCAGGAUAAUGUGGCAGAAAUUCUAAAGAUGAAUUUGACAGAUGCUAAAACAAAGCUAAACCAGAUGAAUGAGCUGAAGUCUGAACUUGUCACAGAGAACAGUCAGGUACGGAGAUGUAUUGAGCUUCUGAAGUCAAAGAUGAAUGAUUUCAAGGCACAACUCAGGGAAAUGGAUAGCAAAUCCUUACAAGAGGAGUACCAAGCACUUCUAUCAGACAAAGCUGGAGAGGCAGGGUAUCUGCAGUCUUUACAACUCCAGAUUGCAAAAUUGAUGAGAAUUUCCCACAGUAUGAAAUGUUCUUGAGGAGAGGAGUUCAAGAUAUACGUGGAUCUUUGUGGAUGAAAAUGACCAGGGCCAGGCAAGUAAUUCAACUAACUAGGUGGUGGAGUUUCUUCAGUAUUAAUCAGGUAUAUUUGCAAAUAACAGUCGAGAUAGUUUGAGAAAAAUGGGGAAGAUAAUGCAGGGAAGCUGUUGCAGUUGUUGAGAUGGCAUAAUGUGGUUUGUACUUUGUUGCAGUAGUAUCUGUGUUCUAUGUAAAACAUACUUAUCAAAUGCUCGUAGAGUUCUGCUUGAAUGACUAAAUAAGCGUGACUAAACAUAAGCUGAGCAUUUCGCGUAUAGAAAAUUGGACAUUUCAUCA